UUUUCUUGUCUCGACUGACCUUCCCCCCUCCCUAUCAUGGAACAAGCUUCUGCAACAACGAAGGUCGAUGUCCUCAUUGUCGGCGGAGGAAUCGGCGGCCUGACUCUGGCUGGCAUCUGUAAAAAGCUCGGAAUCACAUACAAGGUCCUGGAGCGCAGUGCUGAAAUUACGCCCGUGGGCGCAGGAAUCUCGCUGGCGCCCAACUGCCUGCGCAUCCUGGAGCAGUUGGGCCACUUGGACUUCAUCCGCCGCAAAGGGCAGCCGCUGCGCAAGAUCCAAAUCUUCCGCAACAGCACGCAGUGGAGCCUGGUGGAUUACGACUGGGUGCAGGAGAAGUUCGGCUACAGCGUCUACUCGAUUGAACGGCAUUCCAUGCACCAGGCGCUGUACCAGGGGGCGGGGCCGGAGCAUGUCCUCCUCGAUGCCGAGGUGGUUGAUAUCGAGGAUGUGCCCACCGCACCCAGCGUUCAGGUGCGACUCGCGGAUGGCCGCCAGCUGGCAGGACAAAUCGUCGUGGGUGCGGAUGGUAUUCGAUCAGCCACCCGUCGCAUUCUGGCUGCGACGCAAGGGCUGGAGGGGGCCAACACCAUCCGCUUCACCGGGCGUACCCACAUGACCGGCUACACCCAUCCCUUGCAGCAUCUGGGACCGGCUGAUUUGGGGGUGGCUACUUGGGUCUUCUACGAUGACUCGAUCUUGACCUCCUGGCCAUGCAUAGACAACCGACAAUGGUUUGUCGGAGUGAAGUCUUCUGAACUGAAGAAUCCAACGCGAUCCAGUUGGAAAAAUGCUACUCAGGCCAUCAUCAAUGACGUUUAUGGAGACCGCUUUCAUCCUUUUGGGGAGUAUCAUCGGGUUCGUGAUGUGGUGAAUCUGGCCGAGCGGGUGACAGCCAGUGAUGUCUUCGAGGAGACGACAUUUCCUGCGAUGGCCUGUGGACGGGUAGCUCUAGUGGGUGACUCGGCUCAUUCCAUGACAUCUUUCAUCGGUCAGGGCGCCUGCCAAGCCAUCGAGGAUGCAGGCGAAUUGGCCAACGCGCUGCAUGCAUAUUUUGGCAGCCAAUCCCCCAGUCCACAGAUGCUGCGCGAGCGGCUGGAGGAGUAUCGUCACCGCCGGGAGGCUAGAGCCCGUUACGUGUUCUCGUUCUCCAGUCUCUUUGCGCAGCUGCACACGGGACGACUCUGGUCGCCGAUGGGGCCUCUGCUGCGCUGGGUUGCAUUUGUCUGUGCGCCAAUGUGGUGUUGGCAUCGAGCAUUAACCCCUCUGUACGGCUAUCAGCCAGUGGUGAAUGCUCUUGUCGAUGCUCCUCAUGCCAAUUAGGUUUUCUGCGACCUGGGGAAGGGUUUGAUGCUGGAUGGCCGUGUAACAUUGAAGUCACGGGCAAGGACACGC